UCGCGUUGUAGGCUUCGCUAGUUUCCUCAACCAAACACUCAACUGAUAUUGUGUGAUAAAAACUGGAAGUUAGCCGGUGGACGAGGGGCUAUUAGUUCAGAAAAAGCACACGAUCCAAGCGGCCCUCGUCGUUAUAAACAAACCGAGUCGUUUCCGUUUUGGAACGUUUGUUAUUAUCGAAGAAGACGGCGAAAACCUUUGCUUUAAACACACCAAAGGUUGGUUUUUAUUUUGCUGUGGCUGUGAGGCGGGGAAUACAAAGCGACGUGUGGUCAAAUCAAUUACAUUUUGGACUCAUUGAAGCAAAAACGGGAUUAAUACAAAGCCAGUUCGUGCUGCUGUGACUGGUCAGCCAUAGUACAUGGAUUAUCUGUGUUUCCGGGCACUGUGCUGUAAAGGACCCCCGCCGCCAAGACCGGAGUACGAUGUGGUGUGCAUCGGCCUGACAGGUGCUGGAAAGACCAGCCUGCUCUCACGCCUCUGUAGUGAGGGCAGCGACGGCAUCGUCCCCACAACAGGUUUCAGCAUAAAGGCAGUGCCAUUUCCAAAUGCCAUCUUGAAUGUAAAAGAACUUGGAGGAGCUGACAACAUCAAGAAAUAUUGGAGUCGUUACUACCAAGGAUCACAGGGCGUAGUCUUCGUAUUGGACAGUGCUUCAUCGGAUGAGGAGCUCGAGGCAGCACGGAACGAGCUCCACUCGGCCCUGCAGCACCCGCAGCUCUGCACACUGCCCUUCCUCAUCCUCGCCAACCACCAGGACAAGCCUGCAGCGAGGACGACCAACCAGGUGAAGAAGUACUUUGAGCUGGAGCCGCUGGCCAGAGGGAAGCGCUGGGUCCUGGAGGGAAGCUCCACCGACAACCUGGAAGCAGUGAAGGAAAGCUUCGGUCAGUUCAUUAGCCUGUUGGAGGACAAAGACAUAGAGCCGGCAAGGAUAUGAUGCUAAAGUUGCUAAUGCUAUGGACAUUAGCGGCUAACAACAAAGUAACAAAACAUCCUGCUGGUGCCCAUGUACACACACUCAUGCACAGAUAACAUGCACACACAGUCAAAUACAGCAGAUGUUGGCCUCUCUCUUUGAAAUGUGUUACGUAUGUUAUCCUCCCUUCACUGUGCUCUCACUUUUCAAAUCGGAAGAGUGUGUACGCACAAGUCAGCCACCACAGCCUGACAGAGGAGAGCUGCCAUUAAACCCACGCAAUGUAAAGCGGUUUGUCAAGAAAAAUCAUUGGACUUUGCCAGCAAUGGAAAUCUUGUUUACUACUGUCUGUGCCAUUGUGAUUUAACCAAUGGCAUGUGGGACACAUGGCAUUCCUUCAGUCAUCAUAGGACACACUUACACACACACACACACACACACACACACACACUGUCACUCACAGAGUGGAGCCCAGGUUGUCUGUAGAUAUGUUUAACAUCCGUAAUUACUUUACAGGAUGUUUAGGUGGGCUUGUUGAUGUUCUUUCCACUGAGAAGUGCUGUAUGGCUGUCAAGUGUGCUUCUCUGUUAGACUCGGUGACAACGACUGUCGUCGUGUGAUUGUGAGUCCGGAGCCUUGUGUUAUGUACGGUAGUUACAUAUUGGUGUGCUGCACCGUCUCUGAAUAUCUAAUCUGAAUAGUGUAGUCUGUGUAUCUCAUGGAGUAAUAUGUACAUGCAAACGAGCAUAUUGCUGUGCAGCCAUACACAAGUACUACUAAUCAUGUGACUCAGUAAGUGCUAUAGGUUACUUUAUGGAGACUAUUAUAAGAAAGCGGAAACAAGUCUGAAUGCUUUUUAUAAUUGUGCAACUUAGGAUAUAUUUUAUUGCUCUGUAUGUUAACCUUGUAGAGCUACGUUCAGAUUUUUUAUACAUCAUACCACGCUUAUAAAUUAUGCCGAAUCAAAGACCAAAUAAUAAAAAACAACCACGAUGAUUAACCUGGCUGGACGUAGCCACACGGUAGAGAAUGUGAUGGAUUUAGUGUCAUUUCAGUGUUCAGAAAAUAUCAUAUUUGUUUUAAUUUUUCUACACUUCAACUGUAUUUUUUUUCCUUUUUGAUUUGACAUGCCUCUCAACACUGUGUAGCGACUCCAGUCCCCAUCAGGGUGGAAUACAAACUCUAUCAAUCAGCCACAGCAACAGCUGCCUCUGACAAGUCCCUGUCCGACACCCUAAUGCCUUCCAACUGUCUGUGAAGACCCCUCCCUGUCUGCUGUUUAUCGCGGACCCCCGCCCCGCCUCAUCCCAAACCAUAUCAACCAACACCACCCCCCACCCCUGCUCCGCACCCUGUCCCCAUUACUGCUUGCCUCGGUGGGGUUUCUAUCCCCACAUGCCAUGUUCAGCCCCCUGCCCUCGUGUGGACUCCACACCUUAAUAUGAGUCGUAUUCAUUGUGCCAUAGGUGUGUGUCUGUACCCAACAUGUGCUGCGGUAACGUCCACACCUACUCUACAUGUGCUUUGUGCUUCUGUUGUUGUUUUGUUCAGUAUUUUGCCAGGUUUUUAGAGGUUGAAUCACUUUUUGUACCUGACGUGAGAUCUGCUCGGUAGAUUUCUACAAUCUGGAUGGUUCGGUGCAUUUGAUCGCUUGAAUGCAAAAUGAAUCUGUCGUCGGACCUUGCUUAUCAUCUCUUCACACUUAGGUUUUUAAAAUAUUCACUGCAGUCUGUUUUAUUUUUUUUUCAAUCAUGCUUUUUGUCUCAAAUGGCAAUUAAAGUUUUAAAAAUUCCAA